AAUAAAUACAAAAAGAUUUCAUUUCAUUUGAUUACAACACCCAUCCAUAGUGCAAACAGCUCACAUACAUCAUCCAUCCUAACCUAGUAGUAAAGAAUCUAAUUAAGAAAAAGUGAAAAAAAAUAAAAAAGAAAAGUUCAAAUCCCAAAAAUCUACUGUGUCUGUCAGAAAUUUUUGACCUCUUCUUCAAUUUUUUCUCUGCUUCAAAUGAAUGAAAAUAAUGCAAAUGGCAGAAUUAAGUGAAGAAAAAAAAAACCAUUAUUAUUAUUACAUUUCACUUUCUCAUUUUUCAUCUUCAAAAAGCUUUAGCUUUCUUUUGUGUUAGAUGAUUUGAUGGAUGCUUCGUUUUAACUCUGAACAACUACCAUUCUCUUUGCUCAUAUAUCUUCUUCUCAACACCCACCAACCCUAUUAGACUCACUACACCAGAGUCCAUAGUCCAUAGUAAUGGCAAUGGUGAUACCCUUUUACCAAAGACAACCACAACCAUAAAACAUGUAGGCCAAAACCAUCACCACCCACCGACACCCUUUCAGCUUUCUUCAUUUCAUCUUUACUGUCACCACAAACCCCACAAUGCAUAUUCUUCUCCUUUUACUGUUGUUACCACUCACCACCACCACAAUUACUCACUCUUCCUCCCCUUCCAACCAUCACCGCCGGCAUCUCCUCCACCAACCCUUUUUCCCACCUGUAGAAGAUGACCCUCUUCCUCCAACACAAGCUCCAACCUUUUCUCCACAACCUCAACCAAAACAACAACCCAAGCUCCCUUUUGAUUCUUCUUCUUCUUCUUCUUCUUCUUCCUCCAGCCCUUCAGAUAAGCCUUUCUUCCCAUCUUACCUGAACCCUCCUCCACCUCCUCCUCCUUCCCCAACAGCACUUACUUCUUUCCCGGCUAACAUAUCAUCUCUUCUCCUUCCCCAAACUACUUCACACCACCACACCCAUGGGGUCGCCAUUGCCGUAACUGUCUCACUACUCUCUGCUGCUCUCAUUUCUGCUAUUGCUGCUGCUUUCCUUUACUACCGAAGGAACAGAAAGCUUCAUCAUACUAGCUCUGAUGAUAAGACUUCUAGAACAGAUAGUCUCCGACUUUACCCGCCCAACACGGCUACCUCCGACGGAAUCCAUAAGUCUAGGACAACACCCAACAACAGCUCUGAGUUCCUUUACCUUGGGACCCUUGUUAACUCUACCAGAGGAGGUGUUGACACAGAAACUGCUGCUAAUUCCAGCAAUGCCACUAUGAGACUCGGCGUCUCUGCCUCUCCGUAUCAGAAACUUGGCUCGCCGGAGCUGAAUCCACUGCCCCCACUUCCCAAAUACAAUUUCAAACGAACCCACAAGGAGGCUCAAGUGGGUUCUGAUGAUGAUGAGGUUGAUGAGGAGGAAUUCUUUUCGCCGAGGGGUUCUACUGAUAGUCCUGGCCAUGCUGGAACGAGUUCUCAGAGAGAAACUCAGGGGUUUAAAGUCGACAACUUUAUUAAAAGUAGAAGCUUUAACUCCAGGACUCCUUCUUACCCGUGCUCCAAGUCUGGUUCUCCGGCGACUACUGCAUCCAACACUCUUUCUCCUCCGGCGAACUUCAGCCCUAGAAGCUUCAAAUCCAAGUCACCUGAUUCAGUUAUGAAUUUCACGGCCCCAUGUCGACCACCUCCGAUACCUCUGUUGUCUUCUCCGUCUUUGUCUUCAUUAUCUUCGCGAUCAGAAAGAGGUUCAGGGAAUACCCAGAAUUCACCUUGCCGGAAAUCUGAUGCUUCGGACCAGAGAAGGCAAUAUGUUCCUGUAAAGCUGCCACCGCCGCCUCCACCUCCUCCUCCACCGAGAUUUUGGGAAGCUCCGGCGGCCAUGAGAGGAGGGCCUCCGCCUCUAGUGACGCCUUCAAGGCAUGUGUUCCAAAACUCUGAGGUGGUUUCCACUGGUGGAGGUGCUGAAGAAUCAGAUAAUAAUGGGGUUGGUUUGGAGAAAAGGAGUGAGGAAAGUUCGAAGCCAAAGCUGAAAGCUUUACAUUGGGAUAAAGUUAGAGCAAGCUCGGACCGGGCAAUGGUGUGGGAUCAGCUCAAAUCAAGCUCUUUUCAAGUAAAUGAGGAAAUGAUUGAGACACUGUUCAUGGCUAAUAAUUCGAAUUUGUUGCCUAAAGACAAUGGUCGUCGACAGUGUUUUCCAUCUUCAGUGCAAGAGAAUCGAGUUCUUGAUCCAAAGAAGUCUCAGAAUAUUGCAAUAUUGCUGAGAGCAUUAAAUGUCACCAUUGAUGAAGUGUGUGAAGCCCUUCUGGAAGGUAAUGCCGAUGCACUGGGGACGGAACUUCUCGAAAGUUUAUUAAAGAUGGCUCCAACCAAGGAGGAAGAAUGGAAACUUAGGGAGUACAAAGAUGAAUCCCCAUUCAAGCUUGGUCCAGCCGAGAAGUUUCUCAAGGCAGUCUUGGAUAUCCCUUUCGCAUUCAAGAGGGUGGAAGCAUUGCUUUAUAUUGCCAAUUUCGAAUCAGAAAUCGAAUACCUUAAGAGGUCUUUCGAAACUUUAGAGGUUGCUUGUGGAGAAUUGAGGAGUAGCCGAAUGUUCAUGAAGCUUCUCGAAGCAGUGCUCAAAACUGGAAACCGAAUGAAUGUUGGCACCAAUCGUGGCGAUGCCCAUGCCUUUAAGCUUGACACACUUCUUAAGCUUGUGGAUGUCAAGGGUGCCGAUGGGAAGACAACACUCUUGCAUUUUGUUGUGCAGGAAAUCAUCAGAGCAGAAGGAUUGCGUCUCUCUGGAGCCAAUCAGGAUGUAGAAUAUGACAAAAGUGACCAAUCUUCGUACUGGGAUGAUGUUGAGUUCAGAAAACUCGGCCUGCAAGUUGUUUCGGGGUUAAGUGGGGAGCUCAGUAAUGUUAAGAAAGCAGCUGCCAUGGAUUCAGAUGUACUCAGCAAUGAGGUUGCAAAACUUACUGGAGGAAUUACUAGAGUGGCACAAGUGUUGAAAUCGAAUGAAGAAUUUCCUCUAAAGGAAAGCAGCCAGAGAUUCUCAGAGGCCAUGAACGGAUUCUUGAAUAGAGCAGUGCAAGAGAUAGAAAAGCUUCAAAGGCAAGAGAAACUUGCCCUGUCCCUAGUGAAAGAUUUAACCGAGUAUUUUCAUGGUAACUCAGCUAAAGAAGAAGCUCGUCCACUGCGAAUAUUCUUGGUUGUGAGGGACUUUCUUGCAAUCCUGGAUCAAGUGUGCAAAGAAGUAGGCAAAGUUAAUGAGAGAAGUACAGUGGGUUUAGUUCGCCAGUUUCCAAAUGCUACACAUGUUACAGUUCUACCGUUCUUUCCCGGACUCGAUGGAAGGCAACAAUUCGGAUCAUCAUCAGACGAUGAAACCUCGUCCUCUUCACAGACACAUAGCGGAUGAUUUUGUACUUCAAGAGUUGGUUUCUCUUUUCAGUGUCACUGGGUUGUUUUUCAAGUACUAGUGGGGUGUGAAUUGAAUGGAGCUUGCUGGAUUUUACACGUUAAUUACCUUCUUUUUGUAAUUAUAAAUAUUAUAUAUGUGACAGUCAAAACGAUUUUGAGAUUUUGUCAAUCCUGUAUAAUAGUAAUUAGUAAUCAUCAUUAGAUUUUCUAUUAUCAUUAAAAA